AUGCCCGACAGCCAAAAGUCUAGCAUGGACAAGACCAAAGAUAAGGCAUCUGGUGGCAUGGACAAUGCAGCCGGUUCCAUGCAGCCUGAUAGCAUGAAGUCGGGCUCUCAGAAGGCGAGUGACAAGAGCUCCAGCAUGUACGAGCAAACCAAGGAUGCUGUCAGCAACACUUUCUCCAGUGACAACAGUAAGUCUGCUCGCUCUUUCUCACAGAAUGAGACAAAUGAAGAGAAAUGCUGA